CCUCCAAGGGCAAAAAGGACCAUGAAUUAACAGCAAUAGUCUUAACAGCAAUUUGUCAAGCACGAAUGAUAUUUUAGACAAAAGGCAAAAAUGACAUUGAUUAAUUAUUUUUAUGGUGUUUUCAUUUUUUAAAUGCUUUGGUCAUAUGCUUGCGUUACUUCACGAUAGCGCCAUAGACAGUAUCUUAAAGCUGACAUAAAGCAUUCUGGUCUGAAUUAUGUAAUUUUAUAGUAUAGCGUUAUGGCGGAUAGGGGUUCGUCAAUGUGAUUGACACAAUAGUCUCCUCCUCUCGGAAUUAACCUGAAGGCUCCAGUCAGAGAUUCCCGACGUUCCCCUCAGUUCAACACGGUGAAACAACGCAGGAUACUCGCAAUCAUGAAUAAAGAACAAAGCGACAGUGAUGUCCAGAUCCCUCCUGAAGACAGUUUGGAGUUUAGGCUCCUCAUGGCAUACACACGCAAGAGACGACCCGCAGACUCCCGCCUGCAGAAGAACAGCACGGAGCAAAAGACUUCUACACAAGAAGACAACACUGAACGCAAUAAAAAGAAAAACAAAAGUUUUAAGAAAAGGUUUUCUUGGUUGGGGAAGUGUAUUAAACCGAAGACAGAUGACCCUGUGGGUUCCAAUGACACACGACAGCCUGCUACACUAUGUUCAGAUGCUGAGAGCGUGGAUGGUGUAGAGGACAUGGCCAAUAAACUUACAGAGAUAUCAAACUCAGUGCACUUUCCAGAGUCAGACAAACUUGAAUCAGAUGGAAUUAAUAGUCAAGAUGAUGCUCUUUUACAGACAAUUGUGGAUCUCCUUAAAGAACAUGGCGAUCGACUGAACGAACAGAUCAUGGCAGACAAGGCGCUGAGUGAAUCUCUGCGGGCCUCGCUGACGUACGGCUUCUUCAGACGAGUGAUGGACGCAUUCUGCAGGAGUGCCACUCCAGAGCUCCCCCCACAACAAGCACCUGAGAAAACCACAGUAGCUCUGAUCUGUGAAGCCACCAGUAAACUCUUCUGCGUGGACCACCAUCCAAUGAGCCGAGUGCUUGGCUUUGGUGCCAGGUAUCUCCAAGACAAAUUCCCCAUGUGGAUUAGCAGGAAUAUAGGCAAUGCAGAGGUUGAGGAUGAAGAAGAGGUCCAUUGAGCAGAGCUGAUGUUCUCCACACAUUCCAUGUGUUGCUCAGGGGCACGGUCACUUUAUUCAUGUGGAGAAAAAUGUUUUAGAAAAAUGUUUUGUUCAGUAUGAGAUCGGGGAUUCAGCAUGUUUUUCCAAGUGAACAUCAGAGAUCAGAGGAAGUAGUUUAUAUGAAGGCAAUAAAAACAUUAAGAGUGAUAUCAAUACUGCCUUAAAAAUGAUACCAAAGGUACUGUAUAAUUAAAAAACACAAAAACAGGGAUUUUUCAAUUUUUGUAAUUGUGAUUAUAUUUUGGAACGUGUUUUGUGCAAUCUUAAUUUUGUUAAUAUUUACUAUAUGCAUUAUUUGUUUUGUUUAAUAUUUAUUUUCUUUGCCGUCUGAAACGUUAUGCAUUUUUGUUAUUAUGUUUUUUUAAGAAUCUGUUUUGUAAAUUUUCCAAUUAUUACAACAACAAUA